AUGGUUUCGUUCAAAACGCUUUCAGUGUCCCUGUUCGUUGCAGCGGCUGCGGCACAACAGAACACCACCCUUCGCUAUAUGCCAUUCGGCGAUUCCAUCACCGAGAUUGUUUGCUGGCGCUCCAAGCUCUGGAACAAGCUGCAAUCCACGGAAUGGGCGUCGGUGAACUUCGUCGGGUCCGGCCGCACCGAGAACAACUGUCGGGACAACAAAUACGACCGCGACAAUGAAGGCCACUCUGGUUACCUGGCCAUCAACAUCGCCAACCAGAAUCAGUUGGAUGGCUGGCUCAAGCAAAAUCCGGCCGAUGUCAUUACCAUGCAUUUGGGAACGAACGAUAUUGUGCAGCAAAACAAGGCUGUUAAUGAUAUCAUAGCUGCCUUCACGAAGUUGGUUGGUACGAUGAGGACGCACAACCCUCGGAUGAAGAUUGUGGUCGCACAAAUCAUCCCCCUCGGCUUCGGCAACUACAACACCAAAGUCCAAGAACUCAACCGGGCCAUCCCCGGCUGGGCGCAGGGCCUGAACAAGACCGAAUCGCCCAUCUGGGUCGUCGACCAAUACACCGGAUACUCCGGCACGGCCGAUAAUCGCGACAGCGUCCAUCCCAACGAUUCGGGCGACACCAAGAUGAUGAAUGUGUGGUAUCCUGCGCUGAUCAAGGCUUUUGAGGCGGCCAAGGCGGAUAAGGCUGGUGCUGCGAUGCCUGCGACUGGUGUUAAGUUUAUUGCGUAG